UCGACCAGCAUGCUGCACAGCUCUCCAGCUUGAGCACCAUGCUUCGUCGGGUGUUUCUACUUAGCCUCCAGCUGAUCGCAUGCCGUGUUGCCUUGGAGGUGGAGGUCUCCGUUGAGGCGGCAUGGCCGGCCGCCUCCCUGGCAGCCGAGCUCUUGGAAGGUCUGUCCCAAUUGGAUCGAGGUGCUGCCUUCCUACGGAGUUUGGCCGAGGCGCCAAAGUUUGGUCGAGCUGCGACCCCACAAGUUUCAACUUUGCAGGUUGAUGUCGAGAAGGCCGAGUUUCAACAGCGUGCCGUAGAGAUUGCUGAGCAGCUGCUUUGCUGCCAGGGACAGUCUAUCUAUGGCAGGCUGUUGUCCCUUCGUGCUCGCCACGCUUUUGCCUCUGCCGUGGUGGAAGCAGCGCGAGGCAUGGAACGAGCCGAUCGAGCAGCUUUGGAGGAGCAAAACUUGCUGAAUCCCCAGUCCUGUGUGGCGAAGAAGUGGCGAAAUUGGCAGAUCUGGUGUUCCAAGACGGCGAGCCCGCCUCGGGUCAGCGUGGAGCGCCAAGACAAAGCUGACCGGGAGGCAACCCGCAGAGGCUAUGAAUAUCAGCCAAUCGAAGCUGGCUACUCUCCCGACAACGAGGGCACCAGUUCUGCGGGGAUCCUCUUGGGAUUUGCAGCAGCUGCAUGUUUCUUCUAUGAACGCAUGGACCGUGGCAAAGUUCACGACGUUGGCAUCCUGAGUACUUGUCGCGGGAAGGACUGCAGAUUCGACUGCAGUGCAGGCAAAGAUGAAUGGGAAGCCAAGUGGUCGGCGAGCAAGAAACUCUACUGCUGUGGCAUGACCUGCUUGGCCAAGAGUGUGAAAGCAGAUGCGCAUAACUCCCACGUCCAGUUGGAAAGCAGAGGUCCAAGCACCGCCAAAGCGCAUCGAAUCACUGGGAAAAGCCAUUCUGUCGCAGGGAACACACGAACCAGCACCAGCGUGACCACGGUGACCACAACCACGGUCACGGUGACCGUUUCGAGCACCGGGACGAUACCGGCGACGACCAUGAUGAAGCUCUCGGGCGGUGAUUUACUCCGCAAUGCCCAGAAAGAUCCGACGUUUUCCGGCCAGCAAAUUCAUCAGCCAUCAAUUCUCAAGGGCAUCAGCUACUGUCCGGUUCCCGUGAAGAGCGUGAUGUCGCUGAAAUCUGACGACUGGAUGACGGAUUUGGCGAAACCCUUGUGGAGUGCAGCAGGAAGAGGAGAUCUGGAAGUCAUGCAUUCCUUGGGAGCUAAUGCUGUUCGACUCUAUGGGAACAACCCCGAGCUGCAGCAUGGGGACUUUCUGGAUGAAGCUCAGAAGAAUGCCCUGCACGUCAUUCCUGGCAUGAGUGACUUUCCUUACACUCAGGAUCCUGACCAGAACUGUAUUGCGACGGAGUUCAACUGCUUUUCGCAGGUGAAAAAACAAUAUUCGCAGAAUCUCAAGAACGGUUUCUUGAAAAAUGGCCAGUAUCAUCCAGCCCUUUCCUAUUUCAUUUUGAUCAACGAGCCGGAUCUCAAAGUGCCGACUACUGCCGACUCAGUUCCGGAGGAUUCGCAGAAAUUGGCAAGAGCCAUCAUCAGCGCUUUUGAUGCAGUGCUUGAUGCGGAGCAAGAUGCUGGUGUCCAUGGUCCCUUCAUCAACUUCACCGCGACCUUUUCCUAUGCCAUUUGUAGCGUGUGUCCCAAGAGCCAUGGCUUGCCUGCCCUUGGCCAGAUGCUGUUGGUGGAAGAUGCCAUGAUGCAUCCUGAGAAGUAUGGCUACAAGCCUCGCCAUUUCCUCUAUGCUGCAUAUCUAAGGAGAUGGGUCAAUAGCUUCAAUACCGCCAAUGAGGCAGCAGAUUUGCAUAGAACCUUCUUCAGUCAUUAUGAGAAGUCCUUUUCGGUGACGCCGGUCUUCAUCGGUGAAUACCACAAGCCAGGAGGACCCGUGCUGCAGGAGGUUCAACAGAUUCUACAGCUGGCAGAUCAGAUGCCCUUAUUUCUGGGCAUCAACUUCUUUGAGUUCCAAGUUUCCUGCUGGAAAGGUGGUUCUGAGAUGCAGUUUGGUUUGUUUGGACUUGGCGGUUAUCCCAUCGGCAAGUUCAGCUAUGCGGAUGGAUCGAAAUACACCUCCUGGUGUCUCUCUCCUGAGGUGGUGUCUGGCACUCUGCUUCCAGAGGCCUUAGCUGCAGCCUACGGCGGGCACAGCCCUUCAGUGGCGCAGUUGUGCCUUCCACAAGCUGAGACGGUGCCGAUCUCCACCUUGGGCUACAAUCUCAUUGUUGGCCUCAAGGACACAAACAAGACGGCGGCCUUCAUCAGCCGGGUGGCCGGGCAUUUGGGCUAUGAUGUGAUCCAUCCAGAUGGCCUGCAUGAGUUUGCAAAGGUCUACAUGCAUGGCAAUUCGGGCAAAGGAUAUCAGUUCGAUGAUUUGAUGAAAGACCUGCAAUUCAGCGAUUCAGAUUGGUUGCAUCGCAGCUCGGAUGCUCGCUGUGUGGCCGAUCGAAACGCGUCCCAAAGUGCCGUGGAGAAGGCCAUCACUUGGGGCUGUGGAAAGCUGGCACAAGCAGGGCGAUGUGAUUGGGUCUUCAGUCGAUAUUACAAGAGCGUGCACAAAGAUGCAAACGCUCUGGAGCAGUGCAAUUUCGGUGGUGCAGCGGAUUCAGUUUUGGAGAUCUGUGGCUAUGCUGAUCUUGGUGAUCCAAAAUCAGCCUCCAAGCUUCUGCAUGCCAUUUGGAAAGCCGCGGAUCUUCUGCAAGCUUCCGGCAAAGUGGCAAGGGUCAUCUUUAGGCAUGCCACACCGGCAGGAUCUCCUCCCCGAGCCUUGUUGGGUGGCUUCGGCCUGGAGCUGAUGACACGCAGCGCCGACGAGGUGGCCAAAAGCACAGACAACGACACGGAAGCAGGUCACGAAAGCUUUCAUGGAAUUGACAUCAGCAAGAUUGCCAAGAACUUCCCCAGCGGCUCCUCCGCGCUUUGUCAACUGAGAUCAGACCUGGUGGCCGAAGCCGAAACGCCCCCGCUGCCCUGGGAGCUCACCCGCCUGGGUGCCCGUGCAGCGUGGCGUGCCAAGCAGAUGGCCGAGAACUCCGAUGCCUUGCAAGGCUUGCGCUCCAUGGGAGAAGUCGCUCAGGACUAUCCUUCUGGUUGGGCGCGGGCCUUGUCGGCUGGAGAUGCCAAUGCAGCCCACGCUCGCGAGCUCAUGGCCUUUGCUGAGGACAUCAAAGUGUCAGACUCCUUGCAAGUCAAUGGCUGGAAAGUACCACUCAAGCAACGAGGAAUCUUGCCAUUGCUGCGAGCUUCUUUGCCACUUUUUCGGGCCGUAGAACUGCUGGCAAGUUCGGGACUUUCACAGAGCUUGGCCUUGGAACUGUUGAGGGAUGCGCAAGCUGGAGGGAAGCCGCCGUCCAAGGUGGAUACAGGAGAUCCACGGCUGGGGCAUGAGGCUGUGGCGUUCGAUCUUGGUGGAAAGUUGGUGGUAGGAGCUGGACUGCUCAUGAAUCUUUGCAACUUGAAGCACUUGAAGUUCAUCCAAAAGGUGCAGGGCCGGAAAAAAGGGGCCACUGCCCGGCUGACGAUAGCACCACCACAUCAAGUGACCAUUCGUCCCCGCGAGAUCGCAGGUGCUGAAAAACAGGCCACCAGCUGUACUCUGGCUGCGCUUCGAUAG